AUGAGCGAACAGAAGCCCGCGCAGCAGAAAAUCUCGCUAAUAUCAUCUGAUAAUGAGACAUUUGAAGUUGAUCGAAACGUGAUCAGAUUAUCAACUACAAUUAAUACGAUGCUUCAAGAUUUGGGAAUGGAUAAUCAAGAUGGAGGGGAUAUUGAUAUGGUUGAGGGUAUUCCGUUACAAAGCGUCAACUCAGCUAUUCUCAAAAAGGUUAUCCAUUGGUGUGAGUACCAUAAAGAUGAUCCGAUCCCGCCAGAAGAUAAUGAAAACAAGGAGAAGCGCACUGACGAUAUUUCAUCAUGGGAUGUGGAAUUUCUUAAAGUUGAUCAAGGCACAUUGUUCGAGCUCAUUCUGGCAAGUCCUUAAAAAUGUAUAGAAUUAUUUCAGGCAGCAAAUUAUUUGGAUAUUAAGGGAUUGCUGGAUGUAACGUGCAAGACGGUAGCUAAUAUGAUUAAGGGCAAGUCGCCGGAAGAGAUUCGAAGGACUUUUAACAUUAAAAAUGAUUUCACUCCAGAAGAAGAAGAACAGGUGCAGGAUUUUAAGCGAUUCGAAAGGAAAAUGCGUGGUGCGAAGACUGAACUGAUAUGA